AGGGGGCUCCUUGCUGAGCGCUGGGGCCGCGCGGGGCGUCCCCUGUGAAGCGUCAGGGUCAGGAUUGGUCCUCACGGAGUGUACAGCACUCGUUGCUACAGCAACGACCACACAGGGUAACGUUUGAGCGGAAACGCAGCUCUCUGUGCCCCUUCGAGUUAACCCGAGUGUCCUACUCACCUGCCCCUUGCGCACUGCUGUCCAGCUGACUUGCUCACACCCUGACCUGUCCUAAGCCUUCCUCCCACUGCUCGAGGACUUGGUUUGACCCCAUACUUCCCAGCGCCCCGCUUCUUUCUCCUCCUCUCCCAGGACACGCUGAGAGGCCCCGGACAUGGAGGUGAAGAGGCUGUUCUUGAUUCUUCUGCUCAGCGCUCCCUGUUACCCAUCCAGGAAUUCUGUGAAUAUUUUUGAGUAUUUUCCAAAGAAUUUCACCCAUCCAAUUCAUGAAUGUUUCAAAGAAGACCAAGGCUUCUCACCCAUACUAGUCCAUAUUCUGCCUGAUUAUGUUCAUCUUGGGCCCAACUUUUUUGGAAUUCCUUGGAAGAUUAUUAUUAUUGCUGCAUACUUGGGAGCUAUUACAUUGGCCAUUUUCUUCUGGAGUAUUCUGUUUCCUAUAUAUCAUCCACAAUAUCAAGUUAAUCUACAGCAGAUUUCUGAGAAGAUCAAAAAUUUCACAAAGGAAAAUGCAGAGCUUGUAGCAAAAAUAUCCAUUUGUGAACAGAAGAUCAAUGAAUCAAAGCAAUGUCUUCAAGACAAGAAAAGGGAAAAUGAGAUUCUUUUGGAUACUCCACAUAAAUUUAAGACAGGAAAUGUAAAGGACAAAUGGGAGGAAUCAAAGCUGAGAGCCUCGAGGUCCAAUAACUAUCAUCUGGAAGGAAUUAAAAAGAACUUGGACAAUAGCUAUGAAGAAUUGGAAUAUAGGAAAGCAAAAAAAGAGGCUAAGUUCAGAAUGCUGAAGAUAAAAGUAGACAAUCUUUAUGAAAUCUAUGGACAAAGAAAGACUGCAGCAGAAGAGAAGGUGAGAAUGAAAAAACUUCAGCAGGCACAAAGGGAGAGACAGCUGUCACAGCUGGAGGAAAACGUGAAACUGGCUGCAGAAGAAAUAGAGACCUUCAAGAAACAAAUAGAAAGCAUGAAAGAGCAGCAGCAGGAAGCAGAGCUCAACUACAAAUACCAGAUUGCCACUAGCGAAAUGGCAGCUCAAUACUACUGGCUCAAGACUCAGGCUUUCAGGAGGGAGAGGGCGGAGCAGGCCAGGGAGGCUGCCCGCUUGAGGAACAGACUGGAAAUAAUACAAAGUCAGAAGCAGCAAGAGGCAUACGGGAUGGAGACAGCUGCACGAAGGUCGCCGGACACGCAGAGCCCUCCAUGCACAGCGGAUUCAGGACCUCAGUCUGUGCCCAGGCCGACCAGCAGUGGGAUCCCGGCCACAAACACACAGAAGCAAAAGGUGGAGGUGGAUGCAAGAGGGCCCCCUGGAGUCCCAGGACCGGCCCACAUGCCCAAGCCCAUGGCUGGCCCUUCAUCAGCCUUCAGAGACCAUGGGCCACUUCCUCGCCCCUCCUGCCCUCUGAGACUCAGCCCCCACCUCAAGGGCCACCAUUUGGUAUGGUGACUGACAAGGGGCAACCAUAUUGAAAUUUGAAGAGGACCCUGAGCCAGGGCACCGAUAGUAUUGGAAAAGGUAUCAGACCUGCAUAUGCUCCCAGCAUGUUCCCUGCCCUGUGCUCCCUCCUCUCUCUUGCAUUCUUUCCUGUGUUUCCCCUAAUAAAUGUUUGCGGUUC